AUGGCUCGCCGACGGUCCACCAAGCCAAAGGCGGUCAUAGUCAGGGAGCGCCAGUUCUGGUCCUGGGCCAAGGUCAGACUCCCAAGAGAUGUAAGAGAUGGUGUGAUCACGCAUCUGAUGGACCAGCUCUAUGCUGAGGGUCUCUUCAACCUGGAUAUGAGAAUAGCUCGCAACCAGGCCCAGAUGGAUGAGGCUCUUGCAAGACACAUCGAGCAGAUGCCUCCUGAUUUCCGUGACUUACAUGGACUUCAUGGGGCUGAAAUGAGACGUCGGGUCCGACUGUUGGUUACAGCUAAGAGAAGACCUUAUUUGGCCGCUAAGAAAGGAGGCCCCCAGAGAGGAGGCGCUGCGCAGAGAGGUCGUGCCAGUGUGAGGGGAGCGCGUCGUACUGCGCAACAACAACAGCAGCAGCAACAGCAGGAGGAGGAGGUCGUGGCGGAGGCCCAGCAACAGCAGGACGAACAGAUGGAUGAGGCACCGCAGGAGGCCACUCAACGCAGGAGUUCGCUUCCAUGGUCAGACUCGUCGGAAGAAAGGAUGCGAUUGGCAAGAGAACAGUGCGAAACACCGACGUUCGUAUCACCAACCCUGAGUUCAUCGAGCCCUGAAGAAGAGACUCAACAGAUGGACGUAGAUGCAGCUGCAACGCAAACGCCGCACAGAGGCUCCGAGGAGAUCCAGUUGUUUUCGCCGAAUUACGAAACGCCCAGGUCUCCAAUCGAGAGUACCGGCUCGCAGGAUGCGCCCUCCCCCAUACAGGAACCGACCAGGUCCCCCUUCUUCCCGGAUGAGACCCCAUACACGCAGCCGGAAACCCUGAGUGACGACAUACAGGCGGCUAUAGAUGCAGGGCGAAUUCGUUCGCCAUUUGAGCCGGACCCUUCGCGAUCGCCGGGACCGGAGCCGGAAACGCCUCCUCGGCAGGAGGAUGAGCAAUCUGUGGUGUCAACGGAGCCGUACUCUAGUCAAGAAGAUGCGAUACGGAAAGACUUCCACCCCGAUGAGGAUUAUGAUGGUGCAUCCGACGAACCGUCAGUAGAGGCUCCAGAGGCUAUGGACGCUCCAGGGGCUAGUCAGGUUGAGAUUGCAGAAACCCAACCCCCUCAUGAAGAAAGUCUUCCUGAAGGACACUCUGGCGAACCGUCAGUGGAGGCUCCAGCGGCUAGCCAAAUCGAGAUUGCAGAAACCCCUCGUGAAGAAGGUAUUCCUGAAGAACACUCUGACGAACUGUCAGUGGAGGCUCCAGAACCUAUGGACGCUCCAGGGAUCAGCCAGGUUGAGAUUGCGGAAACCCCUCGUGAAGAAGGUCUUCCUGCAGAACACUCUGAAGAGCAUCCCGAAGAAGAGCAAUCCCAGAAAGAAAAACCCCAGGAGCACCCUGACGACCUUGAGGAUUACACCUCCGACGAUUAUAAAGAGGAGAUGCUCAAAACAGUGCAAAAGCACAUUUCAGACAGAAAGCAACGACAAAUGGAAGAGAUACAACGUAUACAGCGACAACUUGAAGAGAGAAGACGUGAAGCAGUACGGCGUAUCCAAGAACCUCCUUCGCCCCCUUCCGCGAGUCAAAGUGCCGUCUGGGAAUCUUCUCCCGAACAGCUCAGCCAAGAGCAAUUCAGCGGGUUUCGCGACGACGACGAUGACCUGCCGAGCAUGUCGUCCACCGAGAAAGCCACUUCCUCCGAAGAAGGAUCCCGGGGCGAAGAAGAAGAAGAAGAAGAAGAAGAAGAAGAAGAAGAAGAAGAAGAAGAACAAGAAGAAGAGCAAGAAGAAGAAGCCCAGGAAGCAUCUCUGCCCGAACAAUCCCCCGCCACCACCGCCACCAGCGCUCCUCCGGUCCGCAGCUCGGUCAACGUCCUCCAAGACGGUCCCGUCUACGUGUACAGCUCGCAGGCCAGCCCCCCUAGCCAGCUGGUCGCGUUCAACAUUCACCAGGUCUCUACCCAGGUGCCUAACCCCCCUACCGAUGGCCGCAUCUACCGCAAUGAUAUCAGCUUCGAGCUAUUCCAGGAGCUGCUGCGUCCGCUGAACUACGACCCCGACCGCCAUGAUAUCUACUACUUGAACUCCACGAUGCGGGGACGGGAACCGGUGGUCAUCAACUCGUCCAAUGGUCUCUUCGGCGGGAUGCUGCUGAUGCAGAUUCGCUACAUGGCGAUCGAGUUCUACAUGAGGGAGACCGUAGACGCAGAAAGGGAAGGGGUAAUGAUGCAAAUAUGA